AUGAGUCUCCAGGAGAUGGAAGGAGAUUUAUUCAACAGUGAUACAGAAGUUAUUGUACACCAGUGUAACUGUUUAACAGUCAGAGCUCAUGGAUUGAGUCAAAGUCUUGCGGAGAAAUUCCCCCAAGCGAAUGUGUAUGCGACUCGCAAACCUAUAGGGACUAGAAAUUUAGCCGUAGAAGAAGAUAGAGGAAUUCCAGGAACUAUUAGGGUGUUUACCUCACAAACACCAGUGGUCAUUUGUUUACUAGCUCAAUGGGAUUAUGGCAGAGCUAGUCACAGACCUAAAAGAAUCUCCACUUAUGAGGAUACCCCCCAAAACAGAGAGAAUUGGUUUCAGACCUGCUUACAAGAAUUGGGAAAUUUACCUUAUAAAACAUUUGGUUUUCCUUACAAGAUUGGAUGUAAUUUAGGUGGGGGAAAUUGGACUCAUUAUAGACAAUAUAUUGAACAAUUUGCACACACUUAUGACAAACAUGUGUACAUUUUUCAUCAUACAUAA